UCCGGAAGUGGAGGGAGGGGGUGAAAAUGGCGCCCAGCUCGAAAUCGGAGCGGAACAGUGGGGCCGGGAGCGGCGGCGGCGGCCCCGGGGGAGCCGGGGGGAAGCGCCCAGCGGGGCGGCGGCGGGAGCACGUCCUCAAGCAGUUGGAGCGGGUCAAGAUCAGCGGGCAGCUCUCACCGAGGCUCUUCCGGAAGCUGCCACCGAGGGUCUGUGUGUCACUCAAGAACAUCGUGGACGAGGAUUUCCUCUAUGCGGGGCACAUCUUCCUGGGCUUCUCCAAGUGCGGCCGCUACGUGCUCUCCUACACCAGCAGCAGCGGUGAUGAUGACUUCUCCUUCUACAUCUACCACCUCUACUGGUGGGAAUUCAACGUGCACAGCAAGCUGAAGCUGGUCCGGCAGGUGCGGCUCUUCCAGGACGAGGAGAUCUACAGCGACCUGUACCUCACGGUGUGUGAGUGGCCCAGUGAUGCCUCCAAGGUCAUCGUCUUCGGCUUCAAUACCCGCUCGCCCAACGGCACACUCAUGAACAUGAUGAUGAUGAGCGACGAGAACCACCGCGACAUCUACGUCAGCACCGUGGCUGUGCCACCCCCUGGCCGCUGCGCCGCCUGCCUGGACGCCAGCCGGGCGCAUCCUGGGGACCCAAGCGCUCAGUGCCUGCGUCAUGGCUUCAUGCUGCACACCAAGUACCAGGUGGUCUACCCAUUCCCCACCUUCCAGCCCGCCUUCCAGCUCAAGAAGGACCAGGUGGUGCUGCUCAACACCAGCUACUCCCUGGUGGCCUGUGCCGUCUCUGUGCAUGCCGCAGGCGACAGUGGCUUCUGUCAGAUCCUAUACGACCACACGGCCUCCCCACCACCCCUGCCCAGCUCCCCAGGGCCCCGAAGCCCGGAGGCGCCCCCCACGCUCCCCAGCCUCUGUCCCGAGGUGGCCCCUGCCCGGGCCCCAGGGACCCCCGAGCCCUCACCUGCCGUGGCCAGAGCCAAGGAGUUUGUGGCCGACAUCUUCCGCAGGGCCAAGGAGGCCAAGGGGGCAACUCAGGAGGACACACGGCCGCCCCCCUGCCCUGGGCCCUCAGGCAGCCGGUGCCGGGCGUCCUCUGAGGCCCCCAGCCCAUGUGGGGAGGCAGCACCCAGGGACAGCCCUGCCCUGACGCCUGUCCCUGAGCCCGGUUAUGUCAACUACACCAAGCUGUACUACGUGCUGGGCUCCAGCGAGGGCACCGAGCCCGAGGAUGAGUUGGAGGACGACAAGAUUUCGCUGCCCUUUGUGGUUACCGACCUACGCGGCCGCAACCUGCGCCCCAUGCGGGAGCAGACCGCUGUCCAGAGCCAGUAUCUGACGGUGGAGCAGCUCACACUGGACUUCGAGUACGUCAUCAAUGAGGUCAUCCGCCAUGACGCCACCUGGGGCCACCAAUUCUGCUCCUUCAGUGACUAUGACAUCGUCAUCCUGGAGGUCUGCCCAGAGACCAACCAGGUUCUCAUCAACAUCGGCCUGCUGCUCCUGGCCUUCCCGUCACCCACUGAAGAGGGCCAGCUCCGACCAAAGACCUAUCACACCAGCCUCAAGGUGGCCUGGGACCUCGGCACCGGCAUCUUCGAGACAGUCAGCGUAGGGGAGCUCACCGAGGUCAAGGGGCAGACGAGCGGCAGCGUCUGGAGCUCCUACCGCAAGGGCUGCGUGGACAUGGUCAUGAAGUGGCUGGUGCCCGAGAGCAGCGGCCGCUACGUCAACCGCAUGACCAACGAGUCGCUGCACAAAGGGUGCUCCCUGAAGGUGCUGGCGGACAGCGAGCGGUACACGUGGAUCGUGCUGUGAGGGCCCUGGCUCCGGCCACCCACGCCAACUACCUCCGCGGCCGGUGCUGGCCGCCUGUGCGCGCCCCGCCACUGGUGGCCCAGGACACGGCAGUAGCUUUGGGCUGCACGAGGGCGCGGCAGCCGCCCGGCCCUGGAGUCUGGACGCUUUUUUAUUUAUGCAUAUUUAAGUUGGGAGGGGCGAGGGGGGGGGACUGGACCCCAGCCCAGCCACCCUCCCACGGUGGGCACGGGCGGGCCGCCUUAGUGUUCACCCUUUCCCGGGCGCGGUGCCAGGGACCCUCGGGGAGUCAAAGGGUCCCAGCCUCCCUGGGCUGCCCACCCAGCCUCACUGCAUCCCUGGUGGGGAACCCGGGGCCACCCCACCGUGUCCCCCUUUAUGUAAUAAAUGCUUUAUUUCCGAA